GGAACGUCACAGGGGUCUAUGACCAAGUAAGAACCUGAUGACAAUGUAAGUUACCCAAUGGUACAGAACAUCUGUAAUUUAAUUGUGACGAAUUAUUCUCCAUAUCCUUCCUGUUAGAUGUCAAUGGCAAAUUUGCCAUCUUAAGAGAUUUUAUGUACCAAUUCAACUCCAGAGUUCUAUAUCCAUUUAUUGAAUGCUAAAGGUAAAGCUCUUUUUAAAAGAAUAAUACAUCUCAAUAACAAUAAAUGGAUGAAAGAGCAUUCAAAACACGAAAUGGAACAGAAGGGGUUGAAAUAAUAGACUUGGCUUGUCACAAAAUACCUCUCCUCAGAAGCCAAAUUCAAAUAAAUUUUUCUGAUAGCUUUAGUAACAAAUCUGAUGCAUGGAUAGAAAAAUCUAUCAAGUUAAUAUGGGAUGAGAAAUGCCAAGAAAACAACAGGCUGUACAAUAAAUCUAAAUUUAGAUUUGACAGUAUUGCAAUUUACAAUGAUCACCAGGUUGUUAUUAAUCUGGGUCUUACCACAUACAUGGAAUUAAUAGGAACAAAUUGUCAUCCAUUUGGGAAAGAACUGGUAGUGCAUGGAAUAAAGUGCUUCAAAAAUGGUCGGUCGUGUUUAGCUGAUCCGUUGGGCGUAGGAUGUCUUUUGCUUACUGCAGAUGAUAAAUUCCUUUUCUUGAAACGGGCAAUGUGGACCGGAGAAGACAAAGGAAAGCUAGACAGGCCAGGCGGUCAUCCUGAACCUGAUAAUAUUUCGUUAGCUAUACAAUCUUGGACAGAAGAAGAAUGCCGGAAGCCAGAAAAUUUACGUCGAAUUCGAGAUGAAAUCUUCGAUUCUGUGAUACAUGAAGUUCGCGAUGAAGUCAAUUUGCCGAUGGAAACAAUAAAAGAUCCUGUACUUUUAGGAGUAAUUCGUAGCCUAGAACGCUCUGGACGCCCAAGCGCGGAAUUCCUUGUAUGGUGCUCUUUGACGUCGGAGGAAGUAGAAGAGCUAUAUUCAAAAAACUGCCAGGCGGAGGCCGACGAAUCGAUAGGCAUUGUCUUCAUUUCGGAGGAAAAUAUCCGCAAGCAGGAUUUAGAACAACACGUUUGGAACAAUCUUACGGAUGCUGCUUGUGGAGCAAUCGAACUCUACAGCCGUUCUUACUCGAUUUCUCCAAAUAAACAUUGAUCUGAAUACUGUCGCAACAUAUAUCGUACUGAAACUGCUACAAGUACAUUAAGCAUUUAUUACAACCCAAAUCAUUUCGCUUUCAGUUAGUUAUAUACAAAUAAUGAGUAACUUUUA